AGGAGGAGGAGGGUGGACGGAGGAGGCAGGAAUGUUUCUACGUGGCAGUGGGAGGAGGAGGAACAAUCCACCCUCAGCAGGGGAUCAAUUAUGGAGUGAGAGCUGGCAGCUUUAAACUUUAAAAGGAGGAAAGCCUUUGUCCGGAUACGUGGUGGAACUCGAGGCGGUCCCUGGGACCCACACAUACGGAUCUGGGAUCAUCCCACUCUGAGACCUGUCUACUUUUGGAGAGAGAGAGAGAGAGAGAGAAAAUGGCAGCCUCCACAUCUACACAACUCAUCCGUGCGCUUUUGGUCGCGUUUUUCAUCUCCGUGGUGAACGCUCAGUACGAAAAGUACAGUUUCAGGAGUUUCCCCAGACACGAACUAAUGCCUCUGGAGUCCGCGUACAAGUACGCGCUAGACCAGUACACGGGAGAGAAGUGGAAAGAGACGGUGGAGUACAUCGAGGUGUCCCUGCGGCUGUAUCGGCUGCUGCGGGACAGCGAGGCCUUUUGCAACCUCAACUGCAGCUCCGUGCGUCUGGACGACGAGCUCAAGUUCGAAGAGUUCCCAGAGCUGCGUGCGUUUGGGAACGUGAUGAAGAGAGCGCAGUGCCUGAAGCGCUGUAAACAGGGGCUGCCUGCCUUCAGACAGACCAUGCCCAGCCGGGACACCAUCGACGAGUUCGACAGGAGAGAGCCGUACAGAUAUCUACAGUACGCAUACUUUAAGUCCAACAACUUGGCCAAGGCCGUGUCUGCUGCCCACACCUUCAUGCUGAAACACCCAGAUGACGAGAUGAUGCAGAGGAACAUGGCCUACUACAAGAGCCUGCCUGGUUCUGAAGAACACCUUCAGGACCUGGAGACAAAAUCCUACGAGACCCUGUUCAUCCGUGCAGUAAGAGCGUACAAUGGAGAAAACUUCCGUACCUCAGUGUCAGACAUGGAGCUCGCUCUCAGGGACUUCUUCAAGGUCUACGAUGAGUGUCUUGCUGCGUGUGAAGGACCACGGGACAUCAAAGACUUUAAAGAUUUCUAUCCGUCCAUAGCUGAUCACUACAUCGAAGUCCUGGAGAGGAAGGUGAGGUGUGAGAGUGACCUGACGCCUGUGGUCGGAGGAUUCGUGGUGGAGAAGUUUGUGGCCACCAUGUACCACUACCUGCAGUUUGCUUAUUAUAAAUUAAAUGACCUGAAGAAUGCAGUACCGUGUGCAGCCAGCUACAUCCUCUUUGACCCCAAGGAUGAGGUUAUGAAGAACAAUGUGGCAUAUUACAAGUUUCACAAAUCCCAGUGGGAUCUGACAGAGGAGGACUUCCUGCCCAGAUCAGAGGCAGUGAGAUACUACAACCAGACGACCAUGCAGCAAGAGAUGCUGGAGUUUGCCAGACAGCGUCUGAUAAGUGACGAUGAGGGGGAAGUGGUGGAGUUUAUAGACGAUCUCCUGGAUGAACAGCCAAAACCCCCACUGGGGUCUGUGGUGAAACACUGAAGAACAGAUGGACUGACCAGCAUUAGUUUAUAUUUAUUACUGUCAUGGAAACAUGUUUAGGUGGGUUACUGUGUGGAAUAAACGGACAUUUUCAGAGGAUUGAAACUUUCAGCACAGUGGCCUAAUGGCUAAAAGACAGUGGUACUGAUCAACUCAGACUUUCUUUUUUUAUUGUUUUAUGGAUUUCAUCCACUAAUGUGACUCAAAGUGAGCUGUCUUUCUUAAUAAAACAACGAUCCAAACACAAA